AUGUCGACAACCACCGGCACCAAGUCGCUGACCAUCGGUCUCAUCCCGGCCGACGGAAUUGGACGCGAGGUGAUCCCUGCAGCGCGCCAGCUCGAGUUUGUAGACCUGGAUGCCGGGUUUGAGUACUUCCAGAAGCACGGCGUUGCGCUGCCUGAGGAGACGCUCGCUGCACUGAAGGACAAGUGUGACGGAGCGCUAUUUGGUGCUGUAAGCUCGCCAUCGCACAAGGUGGCUGGAUACUCGUCGCCGAUUGUUGGUCUGCGCAAGAAGAUGGACCUGUACGCCAAUGUGCGCCCGGUUAUCUCUGGUGCUGCAGCGACUGCAUCGGGUGAGAAGCGCGCUAUCGACAUGCUGAUUAUCCGCGAGAACACCGAGUGCCUGUAUAUCAAGGAGGAGGAGCAGGGAUCGGACGCUCAGGGCAAGUUUGCUGUUGCGAAGAGGCGGAUUUCAGAGUUUGCGUCGCGGCGGGCCGGGGAGAUGGCUUUUUCGAUGGCGCUGCAGCGCGAUGCGAUGCGGCAGCAGAUUCCACUGGCGGAGCGCACGUGGAAGAGCCGCCCCAAGGUCACGAUCGUGCACAAGUCGAAUGUGCUGAGCAUCACCGACGGUCUGUGGCGCGAGACGGUCCGUAGCGUGUACAACGGCAACCCCCAGUACAAGAGCAAUGUGGAUGUGGAGGAGCAGCUGGUUGACUCAAUGGUCUACCGCAUGUUCCGCGAGCCCGAGGCUUUUGAUGUUGUGGUUGCACCCAACAUCCUGGGCUUGGUUCCCAGUGCCAAUGUCGGCGACAACUUUGUUGUUGGCGAGCCUGUGCACGGCUCGGCGCCCGACAUUGCUGGCAAGAACAUCGCGAAUCCGAUUGCUGCCAUCCGCAGUGCUGCCAUGCUGCUGGAGCGCACGGGCUACGGCUCGGCCGCGCUGGCCAUCUACCGCGCUGUUGACAAGGUACUGGAGGCCGACCAAAUCAAGACGCCCGAUCUCGGCGGAAAGUCAACCACUAGCGAGGUCACUGAUGCCAUCUGCAAGCUGCUUUAG